AACAAAUACUACUAUCAAAAUGUCUGAAGAUAUUAGCAAGGAAUUCAACUAUAGCGACAAGUACUAUGAUGACCAAAAUGAAUAUCGUCAUGUUACCUUGCCAAGAGAAUUUGGUAAUCGUGUUUUUAAACAUUUCGAUGGAAAAUUGCUAGCCGAAGAAGAAUGGAGAGGAAUUGGUAUUGAAAUGUCGAGAGGUUGGGUUCACUACGGAUACUCACCAUCUGAACAUCAUAUUCUCCUCUUCUAUAGAAAGUUCUCUGGUAAUGGUGUUACUCCAAGAGUCAAACAAGAACAACAAUAUCAAAAGAUUAUCGAGGAAAGAGAGACUUUAUAAGCGAGUUUAUGAAUCUCUUCAAUUAAUUUAUUUAGAGAGUAUGAAGUUUUAAUCUUCAAGCAUGGCAAUUUAUUGUAUAUCCCAUCCAACAUCCAACUCUCUAACUCUGUGUGCUGCUAUCCAAAGAAGUUUAUACUAUUAAUCAUACUCUCAACAAAACCUAAGUCAAGAUGUAUUACAAAUUUCUAUUUGAUGAUGAUUCUCAUUACUAUGAACAUGUUAAUUCUAUGAUCAAUUGAUACAAGUCAUCAUCCAAUAAAUUUGUUUUCCAAAUUUCCAUC